AUGGCCAUUACGCCGACUCAAUUCGCCAAGAAGACGGCGCAAUCCGCCAGUUGGUCGGAUGCGAAACGUCGAGUCCUUUCUUCCUACCGCGAAUGGAUCCGAGGCGCACCUGAAAUCCAGACGAUGUACAAUAUCCCUCUGCCCGUCUCUACUCUCCGAACACGGAUACGAGAAGAGUUUGAACGAAACCGACACGCGAGCAACCUUUCUGUCGUCGAUGUGCUCCUCUUCAAAUCCCACGCUGAAUACCAGGAAACAAUGAACUUCUGGAAGCAGCAGACUCACAUCUUGUCUUAUUUCAACGACAACUUUAGAGGAGACAAGAGGCUCCCGUCUAGCUUCAUGUCUGGUUUCUUGGAGGGCCGAAAUUAG